CUUCGCGCCAUCACAGACGCUGGUAGGUUGCGUGUUCAGAGAGGGAGGAACGGACGCUGCGCCGGGACGGUAUUUUUUUGAAAUAUAUAUUUAUUUUUUAUGAACUUAAAGCGAGCCGACUCUGGUUUACGUACUAAACGCUUGUCUAUUUUCACCAACAGGUAAAAGAUGCCAGCUGUCAGGUUUCAGCCUGGGGAUACUGUGAUGGGCCGCUGGCCCGGCAGUAGCCUCUAUUAUGAAGUCAAAGUGCUAAGGUACGACCCCAAGACUCAGCUCUACACCGUCAUCUACAAAGACGGCACAGAGCUGGAGCUGAAAGACGGAGAUAUCAAGAGUCUGACCGGGUUCAAGCAGGGCCGCUCUCGUUCCCGCUCUCGUUCUCGCUCGCCGGGCCGUACUCGCCGAAGCCGCUCUCGUUCACCGGCCAGGUCGUCACGUCGCUCCUCAUCUCGCACCACAGAAGUGCGCAAGGAGAAACUUAAAGAGGUGCUAGAAGUGCGCCUCACUCCUGUGGCUGUGCCACUUGAGAACAAUAGCAACAAUAGGCAUGAAAAGAAAGAGGAAAAUGAUACAGCUAACAAAGUCAAUGAGAAGACUGAGGAAGAAUCAGAGAACCAGGUAGGAGCCCGUUACAACCUUCGCCGCAGGAAGGACCAGGGUGACGGCCGACCCGUAGAGCUGGAGAAAAAGGCGGAGUCAAUUUUGCAGCAGGCCACACCACGGGAAGCCAUCAAAACUACAGAGCUGGAGUUUGGAGGGAGGUUUGGUGUGUUAUUUUGGCUGCUGUUUCUGCCUGUGAUGGUACUGGCCUUGCUUAUACUCUGUGCUCAGGAGGAUGCUAGUCUACUCAACUUCCCCCUCAUGCCUCCUCCGCUUCAUUCUCUCUGGGACUGCCAGGUCUUUGGCAUUGUGCUCCUCUGGCUGCUCUUCCAGGCUGUUCUCUCUCUUCUCCCUGUCGGCAAGGUUGUUGAAGGAAUGCCUCUGAAGAACGGGACAACAUUAAAAUACAGGAUCAAUGGCUUCUAUGCGCUGAUCAUCAGUGCGAUGGCGGUUGGUGCUGCUGUGUAUAACGAAGUAGAUCUCAGCUACAUCCACGCUCAUUUCCUGCAGUUCUACACCUCUGCCCUGAUCAUCUCCGUUCUUCUCAGUACUUACCUGUUUAUCCGUUCCCGCUGGGCUGCUGUCGAUGAGCUUGCCCCUGCUGGCAAUUCUGGUUAUGUGUUUUAUGACUUCUUCAUGGGGCGUGAGCUGAACCCACGCAUCAAGAACUUUGAUAUUAAAUUCUUCUGCGAAAUGCGUCCAGGUCUGAUUGGUUGGCUUGUGAUAAACUUUGCCAUGUUACUUGCUGAGAUGAAACGCCAGAAUCUUGACACCCCCUCCCCAGCCAUGCUCCUGGUGAACGGCUUCCAGCUGCUUUGGGUUGCUGAUGGCCUUUGGCAUGAGGAGAAACUUCUAACCAUGAUGGAUAUAGUGUAUGACGGCUUUGGGUUCAUGCUGGCAUUUGGAGAUCUGGCCUGGGUUCCUUUUACUUUCACUUGCCAGGCUUACUACCUCGCCAGUCAUCCCAGUGACCUCUCCGUGUUCUGGAUUGUAGCCAUCAUCAUAAUGAAUGUUGUUGGUUAUUACAUUUUCCGGAAAGCCAACUCUCAGAAAUUUGCCUUUAGAAGAAAUCCAUCAGAUCCUGCACUGUCUCAUCUGAAAACGAUUCCGACUGCAACUGGAAAGAGUCUCAUCGUCUCUGGUCUGUGGGGUUUUGUCCGUCAUCCGAAUUACCUCGGUGACAUCAUUAUGGCUCUGGCCUGGUCCUUAUCAUGUGGUUUCAAUCACGUGAUUCCUUAUUUUUACCUCACCUACUUGAUUCUCCUGCUGGUCCAUCGCAAUGCACGAGAUGAGCGCCAGUGUAGGAAAAAGUAUGGCUUGGCGUGGGGGGAGUACUGCAAAGCAGUGCGUUACCGCAUCUUCCCUGGGAUAUACUGAGAAUUGUAAUGGACGUUUGGGGCGUGCUAAAUUUCUGGAGAAAAACCAAACAACCGAGCACAAAUUAAGCUGUUGUCAUUGAGCAGCUUGGCAGCUAUUUGAGUCCUAGAAAUGAACAAAAUAUUGUUUUUAAUUAAAGUCAUUUUCGGAGUAUCUUAAAUUAUACUUUCGUAAAACGUCAAUUUCUGAAGUUGCCCCAGUUUUAAGCUCUCCUGAAUAUGUAUAUUAAUGUACAUAAAUCUUUUUCUACUCAGUCUCCGCCAUACAUUUACAUAGCAUCAUCUCUUACAGUACCUUCUUACAUAUUUGAAGUAUUACACCAUUUGCUUUGCUUUUUUAAUUUUCAAAAAUAUUUUGCAAGAAUACAGUUUUGGUAUACUGCUUUUGUAUAUUAUGUAUGAUGGGAUAUAAAUGCUUUUUUUUUUUGUUUUUUAAUUAUUUGUAUAGUAUGAACAAGCAGUUAUGUGCUCUCUCAGGACCAGUGCUUCGUGAUAAAACAACAAAAGAAUCAACUAGAAGGUUUUGUCUUAAUUUUUGUAUAUAUUUUGAUGCAGAUUUUCAGUGUUUUUUUUAUUUUUUAUUAUUAUUACUAUUAUUUUGUUUUAAUUCAUUUUAGGCAUGGUAUGCACUAUGGGUAGACAUGUUAUCCAAAGUUUGUAAGAUUGGGCUUUGCUACCUCAGGUCUGUUGUCAGUUUCUUCUCUCCUGUUCUGGAAAAAGGUUAGUUUGGUUCUAGCUAUCCAAACACCUUUUUUCAGGUAGGAGAAUCGUUGCUAAAUCUUUCUCAAAAGAAUAAUAAGAAAUCUUUUUAUGCCCAUUUUAGCCUUGCUGGAAGGCAAACACUCCACUAUUUUAAUGAAGGCUUUAAUGUAUAUGAUACAGUUGCAUAUAAUAUAUCGCUGAUGUCGUUGCCUUUUACAUUGUAUGUAAAUUUCAUGAUGAAUUGACUAAAAGACAUAACCUAAAUGUCUGGUUCCGUUGACUUACAUUAAAAGUAAAGUAGGUUUUUUCCUUACCAUUUUGGAGGUACCAGGUUUUGAUCCGGCAGCAGCGAUAUAAUAUAUGCAUUUCCACUUCUUUAUGUACUAAAAUGUGAAGGUGUUGAAACCUUCGUAGCAGGAAAUGUAAAUUAUAUCUAACUUUAAUUAUAACCUAAAGCCACUGUCAGGGGUGUCGGAGAAAAAGAGAACUAUCUGCAGCAUGUAAUUAACCAGAAGCUCCGAGUUUUGCUUCACACGUGAUAUUGGCAGAUUUGAAUUAAGUAUUAAAAGGUAAACGACUAUAAAAUGGAUGUAAAUUGUCCCUAUUUAUAAAUCCUUUAUCAUUAAUUUAAGCAACCAGCCUCACAAAUAAGGACGUUACUGAUGCUUUAAUUUAUUUAAUUGUGUUACUUUGUAAAAAUGGGUUGAUCAAGAAACUGCAACCUUCUUUCCUAUUGUAGCAAAUCUGUAUUUUUAUAGAAUGAGCGAUUUAUCCGGUAUUUACAGCUAAGCUAAUGAUUGUCAACUUGAAGAUUGAGAUUUUCAGCCAUUUAAGUCUUCUCUGUUAAAAUGCCACUGUAGAUUAGAGAACCGCGAACUAGAGUCUAAACUAGCAAAUACAUGUUCCACCUCUGAAUGCAAUGUAUAUAUUUUAUAAUCUUUUUUUCUUAGAUGAUUUCCGGUAGAUGUAGUUUUUAUUUUUUGAUAGAUAUUUAAUGUUGCAUUUUUUUACCUUUAUGGUUAAGCCUGAAUUCCCAAUAUCAUUAUUUCAAUUAUAAUUUUAUUGUUUCUAUCUUGUAACAUUUGUCUUCCUUUUCCAUCAGCAAUUCAGCCAGCUGUUUUUGGUCAAAUGGCACGUUUUCUAAUGAAAUGGUGACAAACAAUAUUACAUAUUAGUCCUGAUUUUCUGUUUGCCUCUCCAAGUCUGUGACCUACAGAUCAGACCUUGCAUUGUACAAAAUGUUUUGCAAAAAAAAAAAUAAA